GCUCACUUUGUACCGCAAUGAAGUUCAUCUUCUGCGGAGGGCUGGAUGCGCCCGACUGGAUUCUGGCAGAGAUCACAGUGCUUUCCAAGCUGACGCUGAUGCAGAUGAAGCGGCUGGUGACCCAGGUGAUCCGGUCGAUCAAGGACGAGGAGCUCAACUACCAGAGCAUGGCCAAGAUUGCAGAGGCUGCAGGCUUCACCGCCUCGGAUCUCAAGGCCGCCUUUGCUGGCGUCGACUUUAUCAUCCGCUCGGCGUCAAAGUACGACUGCGAGCCGGAGACGCUCGGCGCCGAGCUGCAGCAGCUGGGUAUUCCAGUGGAGAUUGGCGGGACGCUUGUCAAGUCGUACGCCAAGGCACUGGACUCGAUCCGCGACCAUCUGGCGGCGACGUCGCUGCAUCUGGCUCGCCUCGACGACUUUCAGUGGCGGGUCGACUACCUGUUGACGGGCUCAACCAUGCGCGAUCUCAACGUGCCCUCGGUCUCGAUGUCGCUGACGUCGACGAGCGGCGAGAAGGUCGCCUUUGAGCUCACCGCCCAAAAGUUCAACGUGCUGUACGACGAGCUCAAGACGGCGCGGGCACUGAUGGAGAGGGUGUGAGGAGGGCUGUAAAGCAAGGUACGGAGGAA